GGAGGGAUUGAGGUUUCAUGAGCAUCUUUAAAGCGAAAAUGGCCGCCAUUGUCGCUCUCUCAUACGUUCCCAUCUAAUCCGAGAGCUCCCCCCACACCGUUCCCCCGUUCCGUACGCUUUCUCUCCUUCGGCAUUGCCAUUUCCUUUUUGAACCUCUUCUUCCCCAUUUCUUCUCUUGGGUUUCUGUUUGGCUCAAACUUAUCAAGUCAUCUGUACCCCAUAGGCCCUUUCCUUUUCCUUGGUAUUGGCUGCAGUCUUGCUUUCCUGAGAUAUUGAAGUGUCAUCAUACAGAUAAUCACCUCAUCCGGAAAAAAAAUGGGGUUGUCAUUUUCGUGCCCCCUCGAAGAUUUAGAUGACUUAGACAGACGUUUUGAGGCAGUGCUUGUUAGAUCCUUGAGUCUUGGCUCCGCCGAAAUGAAAACAGUUCUCCGAUCAAUCAGCUUUAACGGUCAUGACUCGGAAUCAACCCGCCCUGAACCCCACCAUAGCACCCGAAAGAUGCAAUACAGACGGUCUUUUAGCCUCAAAGGAAGACGACGAUCCAUAACUCCUACAGGGGAUAUGGAAAAAAAGUUUUUCGAAAGACUUUCUACUGUUAAGAAAGAAUAUACGGGAGAUAAGCUGCAAAGAUUGUUGGCUUCAUUCAAUGACGAUUUUGGUAUAGAAUCACCAGCUUCCGGCGAUGGAAAUGACCAAGCUGCAUUAAAGUUGCAGAAGGUUUACAAGAGUUUCCGAACUAGGAGAAGGCUAGCUGACUGUGCUGUAGUCGUCGAGCAAAGAUGGUGGAAGCUAUUGGACUUUGCUGAACUCAAACGAAGCUCAAUAUCAUUCUUUGAAAUCGAGAAGCAAGAGACUGCAGUUUCACGCUGGUCAAGAGCAAGAACAAGAGCUGCCAAGGUGGGUAAAGGCUUAUCAAAGGACGAGAAAGCUAGGAAGCUGGCCUUGCAGCAUUGGCUUGAGGCAAUUGAUCCCCGCCAUCGUUAUGGUCAUAAUCUGCAAUUCUAUUAUCAUGCAUGGCUGCACUGUGACAGUAAACAACCCUUUUUCUACUGGCUUGACAUAGGAGAAGGAAAAGAAUUCAACCACGAAAGAUGUCCAAGAUCGAAGGUUUACCAGCAAUGCAUCAGAUAUCUUGGACCGACGGAAAGAAUGGCGUACGAAGUAGUAGUUGAGGAUGGGAGUUUUGUCUACAAGCAAAGCGGGAUACUUCUUGACACAACAGGAGGUCCUCCAGAUACGAAGUGGAUCUUUGUACUGAGUGUAUCCAAGAUAAUGUACGUUGGAAUGAAGAAGAAGGGUAAUUUUCAGCACUCGAGUUUCCUGGCAGGCGGGGCAACAUUAUCUGCCGGAAGACUAGUGGUUGAAAACGGUAUCUUGAAGGCUGUUUGGCCUCACAGUGGACAUUAUCUUCCGACGGAGGAGAAUUUUCAGGCAUUUGUGUCUUUUCUCAGGGAGAACAAUGUCGACCUCACGAAUGUACAGAGGAGUACAGAUGAAGGCGAUGGAGAAGCCAUUACCAAGGUCAAAUGCACGAUGGUGAGAGCCAAAGGGACAGAAGAGGAGCCGAGCGAGUUCAAGGAUGCCGAGACAGAUGAAAGCUUCUCAGAAGGGAACACCGAUCCAUCUGAACUCGGGAAACCCAACAAACCCAAGUCAUCAACUUUCUCAAGGUUCCACUCACGCCUUGCAAGACUGGAAAUCCCCGAUAGGGGCGACGUGUAUGACAUUUUCAAAACGGAGUCCCUCCCCAAAACCUGCCGUGAUGAGGAAGAGGAAGAAGAAGAGGAAGAAGAAGAAGAAGAAGAAGAAGAGACCUCGUCAGAGGACGGGUACGAGACAGCAGAAGAAUCACUCAUACUGGAGGAAGAGUUUGCAUUCCCGAAGUCAAAUCUGUUCGACGAGGAUGAAGAAGAAGAUGAGAGGCCCGUCCCGAAGGAGAAGAUAAUGAAAAGGAUAGAUUCACACAAAGGAAUGAAAUCAUACCAGUUGGCUCAGCAGCUGCAUUCGAGGUGGACGACAGGUGCUGGCCCGCGAAUCAGCUGCAUGAGAGAUUACCCUUCAGAGCUUCAGUUCAAGGUUCUUGAGCAAGCGCAGUUAUCGCCAAGCUCGAACAGUCACAGUCCAUCACCUCGUACCCCUCCGACAAGAAGAGGAACAAGCCUCGGGAGAAGUCCACUGGCUCGAGAAACUGGAGAGACUAUAGAUGUUGUUUAAUUUGCAGCAAGGAGUCACGUAUCGAGUUGACCGGCUGGGUUCUGUUCUUGGGUUACUUGCGGCGCAAGGUAGGGCAGAAAGAAAAGAGGAUCUCGGCAAGGAUCACGUGUUUUGAGUUCCUUGAUCUCCAAGUCACCUACCAUUUUGUGUUAUUUUUUUCUUUUGUAGAAAUGUUGUCACAAACUUUGAAAUGCGAAUUGCCUUCAAUAUGUUAUCUCGAAAUUCAA